CCGAGAGGUCCUCCCCGUCCGCAACGACGCACCGAGCAUUUCGGACUCGGCACCCGCACCCGUCCGAAGAGGAGGAGGAGACACCAUGGCAACGACAACUUGCACGCGCUUUACUGAUGAAUACCAGCUGUACGAGGAGCUUGGCAAGGGAGCCUUUUCAGUGGUGCGCCGCUGCGUCAAACUCUGCACUGGCCAAGAGUACGCCGCCAAAAUCAUCAACACCAAAAAACUGUCGGCCAGAGACCACCAGAAACUGGAGAGAGAAGCUCGCAUCUGCAGAUUACUCAAACACUCCAACAUCGUUCGUCUCCAUGACAGUAUCUCGGAGGAAGGCUUCCACUAUUUAAUCUUUGAUCUGGUGACCGGAGGAGAGCUGUUUGAGGAUAUUGUGGCGAGAGAGUACUACAGUGAAGCAGAUGCCAGUCAUUGCAUCCAGCAGAUCCUGGAGGCCGUGCUCCACUGCCAUCAGAUGGGGGUGGUACAUAGAGACCUAAAGCCGGAGAACCUGCUGCUGGCCAGCAAGUGUAAGAAUGCAGCGGUGAAGCUGGCCGACUUUGGACUGGCCAUCGAGGUUCAGGGAGACCAGCAGGCUUGGUUUGGCUUCGCAGGAACCCCUGGCUACUUGUCCCCAGAGGUGCUGAGAAAGGAGGCAUAUGGUAAACCUGUGGACAUCUGGGCAUGUGGUGUGAUCCUGUACAUCCUGUUGGUCGGUUACCCUCCGUUCUGGGACGAGGACCAGCACAAACUCUACCAGCAGAUCAAAGCUGGAGCGUAUGACUUUCCCUCCCCUGAGUGGGACACAGUGACUCCGGAGGCAAAAAAUCUGAUCAACCAGAUGCUGACGAUCAACCCGGCCAAGAGGAUCAAUGCCCAGGAGGCUCUGAAGCACCCAUGGGUCUGCCAACGCUCAACCGUGGCCUCCAUGAUGCACAGGCAGGAGACUGUCGAGUGCCUGAAGAAGUUCAACGCCAGGAGGAAACUCAAGGGAGCCAUCUUGACCACCAUGCUUGUCUCCAGGAACUUCUCUGUGGGUCGACAGACCACAGCCCCUGCCUCAGUCAGUGCAGUAGCUGGAACCACCGCCGGCAUCGUGGAACAAGCAGCCAAGAGUCUCCUCAACAAGAAGGCUGAUGUCAAGCCGCAGACAAACAGCACGAGAAACAGCAUAGUCACCAGUUCCAAAGGCAACAUCCCCUCUGCUGCACUGGAGCCUCAGACUACUGUUAUCCAUAAUCCAAUAGAUGGAACCAAGGAAUCGUCAGACAGCAGCAACACGACUAUUGAGGAUGAGGAUAUGAAAGCUCGUAAACAGGAGAUCAUCAAGAUCACAGAGCAGCUCAUCGAGGCGGUCAACAACGGGGACUUCGAGGCCUACGCAAAGAUCUGUGACCCCGGUCUGACCUCGUUUGAACCUGAGGGGCUGGGAAACCUGGUUGAGGGAAUGGACUUCCACCGAUUCUACUUUGACAAUCUCCUCGCCAAGAACAGCAAACCCAUCCACACCACCAUCCUCAACCCUCACGUGCACAUGAUCGGAGACGACGCCGCCUGCAUUGCCUACAUACGCCUGACGCAAUUCGUGGACGGGCAGGGCCGUCCUCGCUCCAGCCAAUCAGAAGAGACCAGGGUGUGGCACCGCAGGGAGAGCCGGUGGCAAAAUGUCCACUUUCACUGCUCAGGUGCUCCUGCUGCCCCGCUGCAGGGAUGAGGUAUGUGCGACAGAGGAGGAGGACGUCGAGAGAACAAGUGGAUAAUCAAAGACAGUGAGACUGAGCGGAGGUGGAUGGGGAGGGUGAGUCGAAAGGACUGAGGAGUCUGAUUUCCACGAUUGUUCCACCUGCUCUCCGCACACCCACCUCACUCUUCUCUCUCUGUCUCCCCCACCACCUCAACCACAGGGGGCGCAUCAGUCUGCGAACAACAAAGGGAAACUCUUUACUCGGUGUCUUGUCUUCUGUCAGGCAACACAUGGGGCCUCCUCACCUCCUCACCUUUCACCUUCUGCUCCCUCCCUCCCUCCCUCCCUCUAGUAUAAUCAUGGCUGCAGUCUGUCGUUAAGUGUACAGUAUAUUCUAUAUUCUAAACCUGCUGUGUUUUUUAACGACGAGCAUGAUUCCUGUCCCUGUUUCUUCUUCUUUUCUGCACGACUAAGACUGUCUGUGUGAACUGAACAAUCAGUGCCACGCGUCUCACAGCGCGAGACACCAGUGGGUGUAUUUAAUUAUCCCUUUCUUGUUCAACAGGGUUGUUUUUUUAUUUCCCUCUGGAGUGUAUUUGACCCCUGAAGCUCCUCCUCCUCCUCCCCCCCCUCCUCUGUGAGACCGUGAAAACCAUGCAGCAUGCUAACAUACUCCUGUGGUUCGUAAGCGACUCUCUAUGUACCAAACAUUACAAGUUAACUACUGAAAUGAUGACAACGGUCGAUCUCCUAGUAUCAACACUGUUUAUGUACAUUUGCAGUUUCUUUGUGGUGACUUAGAUUUAUGCUAUAGAUGGUAUUUAAUUGCAUGAUAUUCCAAGUUAACACGUUGGUAUAGGUUGGGUGUUAUAGUGCGUUUUUGUUUCGUUUUUUUCUCCUCAUGGACUGAGCUGCUGCUGAGUUAAAACUCUUUUGCUUUAAUUAUUAUUGCAAAAACACGUUCUGUGUUCAGAUCAUAGUUUAGCACACAGAGCAAACCCAGUCUUUAAAGAUCACGCGAUGCUAGAAUACAUUUCUGCAAACCAGUGAGUGCAUGUUUUUGAAAAUGACACGACUAUUAUUGUACAUAUCAGACCAAAUGUGACAUGAUGGUAGUUAAGGGUCGACGACAGACAUCUCCUAGUGAUGAACGUGGUUAAUGCUGCGUCCCAUUUACUUCAGACACUGAAGCUAAUGUCUCAACCAACUCACCGCGUUCAGUUUAAACAGUUGGGAUGAUUUCUAUGGUGGCAGUUAUUCUGGAUUCUCAUGUUGGUGAAGUUGCUACAAGUUUCCAAGUUGGAAACCCAUGUUUAGGGGGCGUUCCUGACAUAGGCACGCCCCCUGACCUCAGACAUUUCCAGGUCCAUUUCCAACUACAGAUAGAAGCAUUAUAAGCUGAGGCACAAAAGGCCCUUGAUUGUGAGUAGGAGAUAAUCAUAGUUUACAUCACACAGGAUGAUAUCUUCAUAAUAUCACAUAAUAAGCCACUCGGUCCUUAGCAUAGCAUAGCUCUUACUCUUACGGUUAAUGAGUUGAAAAAAUCCGAAACACGGAAACGGAUGACCUGGGUCACACGGUGCAUUCCAGUUGUAAUCGGAAGUCAGAAUUUCUCCGUUUUCCUCACAUCUGUCUUCCAACGUUGGAAAGUUGGAGUAACCUCACCAGCUCUGACACUCAUUCAAACACUGCUACAUUUUUAUCCAUGGACCUGUCCCGACCUCCGACCUCCGACUUCCGAUGUAUUUGGAACACAGCGUACUAUUUUCCAGUUGUAGUCGUGUGUCACAACUGGAAGUGAAAGAAUGUCGAAACUCGGAUUUCCGACACGGAAACUUGGACUUGGACGGAGCGGGUUCACGCUCUCACAUGCGCUUACAGAUCCACGGUUCCAUUCUAAAGUGAGAGUCCUCGUUAGUGUAGCCAGUCUCACUUAUUUUUCAAGCACUUUCUCUAUGAGGUUGCCCUCUUCCAUUGUCUCAGCGCCACCAACUGGCGGUGAGAUGAUUGGGCUCCAGGGAGCAGAUGUAGGAUGACGACAUUAUACGAACAGACGCGGGGAAAUGGAAAAGUAUGAGCCGGGCCUAAAUACACUAAGGAGGCGGGGAAAUAACUGAACACAGGGAGUGUCAGGCAAUCAACAGUGGAGGGAAAACACAACACAGGAAGUAAAAUGACAAAAUAAAACAGGAAAGCAGCAUCAACUAAACACACAUGGAGCAAAACUACAAAAUAAGACAAAAUAAGUACAAAAAAAUCAAAGCACUAGAAAUGAUUUCCAGGGUCUUAUGUGACAUUUGUUCCUGUUUUUCUUUUUGUAUUAUUAACUGUCCUUUGGGUCUUUGAAAGGUUAUUAUUCUUAUACAUAUAUAUAUAUAUACCAAUGAUUUUGCCUCAUGUUUGACAGUUAUGUCUCAUAAUAAUAUUAAUUAUACCUGUUCAGCGCCUCUAAAGGUACCCAUGAUUGGUUUAUGUAGAAAGGGGAAAAAAAUCAAAGGUUGAGAUGAGCUGAUCUGAUACUUUGUAUCGGUAUCAGUCCAAUACUGACCAAAAUCAUUCUAAUUGAUAAACUAAAGUCCAAGUAAAGCUGUAAAUGUCACGCAGAUGAAGCUUUAUAUUUUUCAAAUAGCUGGUAAACAGCUAAAAGACUAAAACUGACCAAUUCAACUAUCGGUAGGAACUCGCGGUUGUGACAUUGUUAUCAAAAACAAAACGGUGGUAUUGAGUCAUCCCUAAUAACAAAUGUUCAUUUGCCAAAUUGUCACACUAUUUUCUUUGUGCAGAAUUUACAAAAGUCCCGUUUCUCUGAGACGUUUGAUCCUUCAUUUAUUGUGUUUAUUUCUGCUUCACACUCCUAAAGAUGAUAUUGUAGCAGGUGUUAUUUAAGUGUGACCAUGUAAAAAUGGGAAAUAAGGCAUUGGAUUAUCACCCAAACUUUAACUGACUGAUCUGUAAUUCUUCAUAGAGAAAGACAUAAUAAUGUGACUAUAGUGAGGAUUUCAUUGUGACGGGGAAACAGGAUCUUUGGGUUUCUAAAUUGUUUUUGCUUGAAAUUUAUACCUGCGAGAAAUAAAGUGAAGUGAAGGUGUUGGAA